AUGGUGAACCUCGUAGCAGCACAGCGCCCACUGCUCCACGGGCUGAUGAAAAUGGCGGGCGUCGUACCGCACUCCGUCCAAAUCGACGCCGGCACAGUCAUGAACAUAUGGGUCCCAUCGGAGACCCUAAAAAAAAAGCCAAUCAACAGGCCCACGAAGCCCGCCGUGGUCCUCGUCCACGGAUUCGCCGCCGAGGGCAUCGUGACGUGGCAGUUCCAGGUCGGAUCCCUCACCAAGAAGUACGCCGUGUACGUGCCGGACCUCUUCUUCUUCGGCGGUUCCGCCACGGACAGCCCCGACCGGUCGCCGGAGUUCCAGGCGAGGUGCCUGGCCAAGGCCCUGAGGAAAUUGGGCGUGGAGCGGUGCACGGUGGUGGGGUUCAGCUACGGCGGCAUGGUGGCGUUCAAGAUGGCCGAGAUGUGGCCGGAUCUGGUGGCGGCGGUGGUGGUCUCCGGUUCCAUCUUGGCCAUGACGGACUCGAUAAGCAGCGCCACGCUGGGGGAAUUGGGGUUCUCUUCCUCGUCGGAACUUCUGCUGCCGACGUCCGUCGAGGGCUGCAAGGCGCUGCUCAAAGUUGCCGUUCACCGGAAUCUCUGGUUUCCCGAUCGACUCCACAGAGACUUUCUUCAGGUGAUGUUUAACAACAGAAAGGAAAGGGGUGAGCUACUUGAAGGCCUAUUGGUCACCACCAAGGAAACUAACAUUCCUAACUUUACCCAGAGAAUACAUCUUCUAUGGGGCGAUAACGACCAAAUAUUCAAAUUGGAACUUGCUCAGAACAUGAAACAACAGCUAGGACAAAAGGCUACAUUACAGAGUAUAAAGAAAGCAGGCCACCUUGUUCACCUGGAAAGACCAUGUGUCUACAAUAGAUGUCUUAAGAAGUUUCUUGCUUCCUUGCAGGCUGCAGAUAUUGAAGUUUAA